UCACACACACACGCGCGCGGGCGCGCGCGCGCUCACUUCCAUGUUGUUGACGGAGGCGACGCUCGUGGGGAAGAAGAACUUUCCAGUUACUAACGGGUAACUUUAAGCACUUUUAUUUUAAUGUCACUUUAAUUCAAGCAAACCCGGUGAAACCCGGAUGUGAAGGAAGUAUUUGCUUCCCUUUCUCAUUAACUACAGAGUCGGUGGCCCUUUCUAAUCCGGACACGUCGUUGGCUGAAAUGUGGAUGUGUACAUUUUCGCGUCGCGCCCUGCCCGCCCUGCAGAGGAGCACCUCUGCGAUGGUCUGCCGGCCUCUGAGGGCUUGGCGUGGACCAGGACGGGCUGCGAGUCCGCCACCCUCUCGCCUGACUUGGAUGCCGCUUCGCGGGCAGCACACCCUGGGGUCCGCCCCCCUCCCUCUGGCUCGACACUCGGUGAGGAACGUCCGCGCUCUGCACGAGGAGCGGAUGAUGGAGGUGGAGUGGGAGGACGGAGGCCACAGUCUGUACCCGUUCACCUGGCUGAGAGACAACUGCCCGUGUCCGCUGUGCACCCUGGACUCCGCUCAGGCCCGGAAGCUGCUGAUGUUGGAUCUCGACGUCCACGUAGGAGUCAACGCCGUGGAGGUCACCAAUGACAACAAGGUGUCCGUCUCGUGGCCCGACCGGCACGCCAGCGUGUUUGACGCGGAGUGGCUGAAGAAACGCUGCUUCUCUGCUGCGGCCAGGCGAGCGUUGAAAGAAGAGCUUUUCCUCAACGAGCGCUACCACUGGGACUCCGAGCUGCGCGUCCCCGCGGCCGACUACCGGGACGUCCUGCGCGACGACAAGGCGGCGCUGGACUGGCUCUCGGCCCUGCGUCGCGUGGGCGUCGUCCACCUGAAGGGGGCGCCGGCGGAGCGGGGCGCCGUGGCGAGGCUCGCCGAGAGGAUCGGCUACCUCCGGCUCACGUUCUACGGGCACACGUGGCAGGUCCAGGACAAGUUCAUGGCCAACAACGUGGCCUACACUUCAGGAAAGCUCAGCCUCCACACGGACUACCCGGCACUGCACUUCGCACCUGGAGUGCAGUUGCUGCAUUGCAUCAGCGACGCCGAGGAAGGCGGAGAGAGCGAGAUGGUGGACGGCUUCCACGCGGCCGAGCUGCUGCAGAGAGAAGACCCGGAGGCCUUCGGGACGCUCACCUCGGCCCUGGUGGACUUCACCGACACGGGGACGGACUACUGCGACUUCAUGCUGCAGUCCAAGAAGAGCGUCAUCGAAGUGGACGCCGAUGGCCGCGUCGUGAGGAUAAACUUCAACAACGCCACCAGGGACUCGGUGCUGGACCUCCCGGUGCACCAGGUCCAGCCCUUCUACCGGGCCCUGAGGGCCUUCGUGGACAUCUUGAGCCGGCCAGAGAACAUGGUCACCUACGGGCUGACGCCGGGCAACAUGCUGACCUUCGAUAACUGGCGUCUGCUGCACAGCCGGCGGUCCUACCGGAGCCGGCCCGACCGGCCGCGGCACCUGGAGGGCGCCUACCUGGACUGGGACGAGGUCAUGUCCCGCCUCCGGAUCCUCCGCCGCUCCGUCCACGGGAACGUCUGAAGUUGAACGGCUUUAAACCGAACGUUUAAAAGACUCAAACGGACCGACGCUCUUGAAGGCAACACGUUGGAUGCAUUGAUUGAAGAGCGAGGAUGCUUUAAAUUUUAAUUUUUUUUAAAUAGUGCAAAGAGAAACUAAGGUUUCAUAAAUUGUUUUGAUGCAGCCAAUUAUUGUGAUAUUGUGCGAUUUUAUAAAUAUAUUUAUUUUUAAAAGAAAAUCAUUCCCAGUUCUCUGAAGAACACCUGGCGGCCUUGAAAUAACUACACACAAUAAAUCACCGUCUGACCUUUUUGGGCUUUUCGUUCACUGGGUCUGUUACGGCAUCUAGGAGGUAGGGAGGUAGGGAGCGAGGGAGCGCUUUAGGAUGGAGGAGUGUUCUCGCUUCCUCUCUCCUGUUCAAUCUUGUGCCUAAACAAAUUUAAAGGUCGCCUUCAGAAACGUGUAGUUUAUAUUAAAGUAAAGAUAAUAAAGACGUGUACUUUGUAAUCGACCUUCGUGGGUUUCUGGGAACAUUUGUUUUAUUUUUGUAGGUAUUAAUCUUAAUGUUUUUAAGACGAAAACUUUAAAACACAUUUGUUUCUUUUGAUGAAAAAAAAAGAUCCAAGAUGCAGAACCUCCUGCUUCCAUCCUGACGGGUUCUCUGAGGAUCCAAGAUGCAGAACCUCCUGCUUCCAUCCUGACGGGUUCUCUGAGGAUCCAAGAUGCAGAACCUCCUGCUUCCAUCCUGACGGGUUCUCUGAGGAUCCAAGAUAGAGAACCUCCUGCUUCCAUCCUGACGGGUUCUCUGAGGAUCCAAGAUACAGAACCGUCUGCACUAAGUGAUCAAAUGUGAAACUGAUCCCUGAUGAAACCGUUAUGAUGUAAUUAAAGUUAUGCUGAAUGUCUUGAAACAUGUUGUUUAGUAAAUACUUGCGCAGGUGUUCGAUGACGACUCACCUUGUUUCACCUUCAUGAAGAGACCAUGAGCUUUAUUUACGAUAACUUUAUUAUGUUGCCAAAGCUGUACAUAUUCUAUAAAUGUCCUGUUUGUACAAUG